UUAGUCUAUCCCAUCCGACUCCAAAUGACGCUUGAAGCGGGAGGUACAAUGUCGAACUUGGCUAGGACCUAAAAGAUGGAAAACAACAGCGCCGACAUCUCAGACAAACUGAAUACAGCUUUAGGAGUUGAGUUAACUGCUGAAGAUGUUGAGAGCAACCCAGAGUUUGUGCAUCUUCUCUCGGUCCUGACCAAUCACAUCAACGAUGAGGGUGUGUCCUCUCUUGUACAUAAAGAUCUCCAACAGGCAGAAGAAGAGCUGAAACAUGAAAAACACAGUUGGCUAUUGCAGAAAAUUCUCUACCAUGAACUCGAGGAACUUCUACAUGAUUAUGACAUUAAAUCUCAAGACACUGCUUUAUGUACAGAAGAUAGACAGUUCCACACAAUCCUACAGGAGACAUUGACACGAUCUGAGAUAUCCGACUACUUGUACUGCUCUCCAGAUCCCUCCUCAAAAAACACACUUUUGGGCCUGAGUGAAGCAGAACUGUCCCAGCAAAAUCCCCACAAAAAGCAUCUUCCUUUCAUACAACAAAAGCUGAUCCCAGACAUCGAGAAGAGACUAACAGAGAAAUGUGACACCCUUAUUAACUUCCAUCAGACUGGUCUAAAUGAGGAUGGCAUUGAAACGUCCUUCAGUCCUACAACACAGUUACCUGCCCUUGUGGAAUCUGAUAAACACCAGCUACAGAAAACAAAGGCUCAGUUGAAAACUCUAAAGCAUGAUAAGGACAAACAGUUCUGGUUGUACUAUAAGACUUUGAUAGAGUCCCUGGAGUUACUAGAAGAGGUCGUAUCCAAACACAGAUUUCAGAACCAGACUGAACAAAACACUGUCACGACAGAAUGGCUGGUAGGGAGAUGUGAUGGCCUAUGUCUCAAGAUCAGAUUGUUAGAGAUGCAGGUUUUGUGCGAUACUUACACCAAGGAUACAGUGAAAGCUCUACAUUCUGUCAGAGACCAUUUGGACACAAAUUUCCGUGACAGCGAUAAAGAAUUUCAUCACAUCUCACAGGCUUUACGUUCAUAUGAAUCUGUGGGUAUGGGAUUUGAUGAGCUGGUUGAGGAAUUCAGAAAACUCAAGGAAGAGAAGGACAACAAGCAAUGGGCUCUUGCAGAACUUCAUCACGGCAGUGACAAAAGUGGAUCAGUGGUAAAACCUUGAAAUAUACUUCUACUGGAGCGAUUGAUGCUGCCACAUCUCUCUAUAUUUUGAGUACUCAUCGAAAAUGUCUCGGACAAUGAAAUUGUUUGCCUGAUCUAUGUGGAAGUGUAAAAUCUUAUCUUCAACUCUGAUAACUCGAGCCCAGCAGUAUAGAUUCUUAUAAAACUUGCUCUGUUACCCAGAAAUCUUUGGAUAAGGUAAUGUUUUUUUAUGUCUCUGACUUCAUAUUUGUAGAAUUUAUAGAAGAAGCCUCAUGUAUUUGUUGUUUUGUUACAAGUUAGCAAAGAAGCAUUCGGCACAAUUUAGUUUCAUUAGUGAUGAAUCUAAGCGAAAUAUAUUACCAAGUUGUCUAGAACGUAAUCAUAACUGAUAUGAAGUUGCAGCAUUUAGAAGCUAAAUUAUUUUAUAACACAUCAUGACAUUAAUAUGUAAUGCUACACUAUAGCUGUGAUAUUUUCCCAUGCAAUAAAAUGGAAAAAAAACCUAUGGACAAUACAGUACCA